AUGGCGUUGAUAGACGCCAUCAAUCUACUGGCCUCAAAGUCAGCCAUCGGCGUCUUGGAAAUCGCUACUAUGCUCUUCUUUGUGGCGCGAGCCCUCAAAACGCGCGUGGAUGAAGUCGAACCGCCCGUCAUCAGGCCCCCUAUUCCCUACGUCGGACACUUAAUCCGAUCCAUCAGGGAACAGCCGUGGCUUUUGACGAAUCUAGGCGAGGAGUGUCGCCUGCCCAUCGCAACCGUGCCGAUCCUCAAGGGAAAAGUAGCAGUGGAUUAG